AUGCGGUAUUGAAACAGACGACCGAUAUCAAUAAUGGAAUAGGUUUGCCCGACUUACAACUUUCAAUAUUUUUACUAGUCACCUGGAGUGUGCUCUUUCUGAUAACCAUCAAAGGCAUACGCAGCUCGGGGAAAGCAGCAUAUUUCUUGGCACUCUUCCCAUGCGUCAUUAUGUGCACUCUUUUAAUCCGAACCGUCACUCUCGAAGGAUCGGUUAAUGGUAUCCUAUAUUUCCUCAAACCGCAAUGGAAGAUGCUCGUCGAACCGAAAGUGUGGUACAACGCAAUUACCCAGUGCUUCUUCUCGCUGGCCAUCGCAAGCGGAAACUUAGUAAUGUACGCAUCGUACAACUGCUUUACGCAUAACGUCUACAGAGACGCCAUGAUAGUUACAACCAUCGACACGAUCACGUCCCUAAUAUCCGGAAUAACCAUUUUUGGAGUUCUCGGAAACCUCGCACACACUCUCAAAGUUGAAGUGAACGACGUCGUCUCAGGUGGUGGGGCGAAGCUCGCCUUUGUCUCCUACCCCGAUGCCAUUUCCCGCUUUAAACAUGUUCCAUGGCUUUUCGCCAUCCUGUUCUUCGCCAUGCUCUUCGUGCUUGGGAUCGGUAGCUUGAUUGGCACAAACGUAUGCGCCCUAUCGGCAAUUAAAGACGUGUACCCAAUGGUUGAAGAUUGGUACGUGUCCGCGGCGAUAUGCUUGGUGGGGUUUCUAUUCGGUUUAGUGUACGUCACACCGGGUCGCUGAUAAUUUCAAUUGCACAGGGUGGGUUAUAAACACGUGGCACACCAAAAUUUGAUUACUGUAAAUGGAACACCCUGUGCAUUAUUCGAUUAGAGAUUAAAAAAUCAUUGCACAAUUAUUUCUAUACAAUAAAACGUAAUAGUACGAGGAAGAUUGAAGAAAGUUUGAACUGUAUUUCCCCCAAUGGAUCCAAUUUUGUAGUUUAUAAAUUGUCCAGCUCUAAGGCGCUAUCUAUUCAAGAAAGGAAGCCCUGAUUCUAGAAAAUAUCGCACCGUAAUCAUUUUGAUUUGUAUAAGAAAUUGCUAUAAAUUUUUGUUGAAGGUAGUCUUGAUCUAUGAAAAUUACCAACAAGGAAUAAAUUUGUAUCUUAAAGGGGAAACGUUGUCUCAUUUACUUAUUGUACCAUACCUCAGAUGUCAAACGAUCGAUAUAUUUUUAAACUUGAAAGGAAACUAAGGUUCAAUAACUCAACAGAUUCCUUUCAUAUGAAAGACAGUCUAGCGCUUAUGAAAAUCUUUGUGAACGGAAUUUUAU